AGGAGAGCGCAUCGUUCCCCUACGGUGUCUACUCCGCCGCAGCGCACUGAGGAUCGUGGCUUAUUCGAGGGGCAUCUCGAAUUGCUAGGAACUCGAUCCGAAAAAAAACAAACCAUAGCUUCAUCUCUGCUUGCUAUUUGGUGUAUGGGGAUGAGAGGAACACUGAAGAAACCUGAAGAGUACAUUAACCACUAAGCUAUAAUAAAGGUGAGCUGCUCAUUUUCUAUCAUGUUCUCCCGGAGACCGUGGGAGGUCAAGUGUGGAUGCAGCCAAUGCCUUGUUAUGGAAGCUAUGCCAAAGCACCCAAGAGCAGGAUUCUCUGGAUUCAGUCCGCUCCACAUUUUCUGUGACCACAAAUCCAAUUUAUGAAAGAUUUCACUCAGAUUAUUAGCUGUUAUUAGGUUUGGGGCAUCUGACAUACCUUUUUCUCUCAUUUGGGAUGUAUGAGCAUCACUCGUAUGCAUGUGUAAAUGUCAGGCUCCAUUUUUCAGCAAUGGUAUGGAACAGUGCAAAUGGCCAGUUUUGACAUGCAUAGGUUUCCAAAAAUUACUAACGAUAUGAUUUUUGUUUUUCACUUCCUUGUGAAAUGUAUAACCUGGCUGGGAACGCUGCACUUUGGCCGGGACGAGACUCUGUCCACACGGCUAUCCUGAUUUCCAACCAUGUCUCGGCUCUUGCAUAUCACCUGAUCCCACUUGUCCUGUAGAGAGUUUCCAGCAGAGACAGAACUCUGUGGCCUCGAAGAUGGAGUGAACUCAGAGGAGUGAACUUCUUGCGCUGUCACUUCUCCGCCAUCUCUGAACAACUGCAGGAAAACCAAGAAUAAUAAAUAAAUAAAUAAAUAAAUAAAAGACACAGGAGCACCAAAACUUCUGGCUGUGUUGCCCAGAAUAGAAUACACAUUCAGAAUGGCCCGUCUCCAUCUAUAACUCCAACGUGCUGAAGUACAGCAGCAACCGAAUGUUUUUCUGAAAUGGUGAAAUAUCGAUUGGAUUUCUAGAGUCUGCAAACAGGAAAAAAAAAACAAAACUGUUCUUACUGCAUAUUUCUACGGAUUGUGUUUUUUAUAUCACACUUUUUUUUUCUUUUUCUCCUUUGGCAAAAUUAUCUAGAAGUGGAAAAAGGAAUUUGUCUCGACUGAGAUAGCAACCUUCACCACAUGUAGAGGGUUGAGAGGCUUCUGAGAUGGCAGCCUGUUGGACAGGAAGGGCAUUGGCCCUGUUGGUAGCUUUGGGGAUGUUGCACUGCUGGGGCUUGGCCUCCUGUCAUGCUGAAAGGACUAGCGCCCUGGUGGAGAGCAGGGCCCGGGAACGAGUGAAGAGGGGCUGGGUGUGGAACCAGUUCUUUGUGGUGGAAGAGUACACGGGAACAGAACCUCUCUACGUGGGAAAGAUCCACUCAGACUCAGAUGAGGGGGAUGGCUCCAUCAAGUACACCAUUUCAGGAGAAGGGGCGGGAACUAUCUUCAUCAUCGAUGAGGUCACGGGGGACAUUCACGCCACAGAGCGGCUGGACCGGGAGGAGAAAGCCUUCUACACCUUACGAGCUCAGGCUCGAGAUCGUCAGACCGACGCCCCACUCGAACCUGAGUCAGAAUUUGUCAUCAAGGUCCAGGACAUCAAUGACAGUGAGCCCAAGUUCCUGGAGGGCCCGUAUAUUGGAAGUGUGGCUGAGCUCUCUCCAAUUGGCACUUCAGUAAUGAAAGUGAUAGCGGCAGACGCCGACGACCUGACCUACGGGAGCAGCGCCAGGAUUGUGUACAGCGUUCUGGACGGGGAGAAGUUCUUCACAGUGGACAGGCAAACUGGAGUGAUUCGCACGGCGGUGGCAGAUCUCGAUCGGGAAACGCAGGACCGUUAUGAGCUGGUCGUCAAGGCGACAGACAUGGCUGGCCAAAUGGGCGGUCUCUCUGGCUCCACAACGGUGACCAUAGUGAUCACGGACGUUAAUGACAACCCUCCACGCUUUCCUCAGAAGAUGUACCAGUUUUCCAUUUCAGAAGGGGCGGCCAUUGGAACGUCGGUGGGCAGGGUGAUGGCCACAGACGAUGACAUGGGCGAGAACACAGACAUGAGCUACCUGAUCAAGGACGAGGAAGGAGGCGAGCUGUUCCGUGUGUCCACUGACGGGGACACCCAAGAGGCCGUUAUCAGCAUCCGAAAGCCUUUGGACUUUGAGAAAAAGCGGAUCCACAAUGUGGUUGUGGAGGCAGUCAACAAGCACGUGGACCCCAGAUUCGUGGACCUGGGCUCCUUUCGGGACCAGACCAUUGUCAGGAUCAGCAUCUCCGACACAGAUGAGCCCCCGAUUUUCUUUCCGCCUGCUGGUGUCCUCUUGGAAGUCCAAGAGGACGCCAAGCAAGGGGCCAUCGUGGGCGCCGUUACUGCCAAGGACCCAGAUAUGGAUAAUGUGCCUGUGAGAUACUCAAUAGACCAGAGCACAGACCAGGAACAGAUCUUCAACAUUGAUACAGUGUCUGGUGCCAUCACCUUGGGGAAGAUCUUGGACAGGGAGACGGCAGGCUGGCACAACAUCACAGUGACAGCCGUAGAAGCAGAUAACCAGUCCAUGGCUUCCCAGGCAGCAGUUAGCAUCCGUAUUCUGGACGUGAAUGACAACCCACCCGAGCUGGCCACACCUUACGAAGCCUCCAUCUGUGAAGAUGCGAAACCUGGCCAGCUCAUUCACACCAUCAGCGUUGUGGACAGGGAUGAACCUCAGUCUGGCCACCGCUUCUACUUCACACUGGCCCCUGAAGCCUCCAACAACCGCCAUUUCACACUGUGGGAUAUCAAAGACAACACGGCAGGAAUUAGAACCCAGCGCUCAGGCUUCAACCGGCAGGAGCAGAAUGUCUACCUGUUGCCCAUUCUUGUGGUAGACAGUGGGCCACCAGCCCUGAGCACCACCGGCACCCUCACCAUCCACGUGUGUGGCUGUGACCCGGACGGAGCCAUCCAAUCAUGCAGUGCCACAGCCUUCGCCAUGGCAACAGCACUCAGCCCCGGCGCCCUAAUUGCCCUGCUUGUCUGCGUGCUCAUCCUCGUGGUCCUGGUGUUGCUCAUCCUGACCCUGAAGCGCCAUAGGAAGGGUCAGCGCAUAUGCGAGGAUGAGGAAGACAUGCGUGACAAUGUCAUCAAAUACAAUGAUGAGGGUGGCGGCGAGCAGGACACGGAGGCCUAUGACAUGAGUGCUUUGCGCAGCCUCUACGACUUCCCCGAGGUGAAGCGCUCCGACACGGCCUCCGACCUCCGCUCACUCCCCCAGUGGGUCCAGACCCGGGUCGGUGGGUGCGGGGACGGGGGCGUGGCUGACUUCUCCCUCUUCAACGGCUACAUUCGCAAGAAGGUAGAGCAGGCGGACGGCGACCCGUCGGUGCCGCCAUAUGACUCCUUCCAGACGUACGCGUUCGAGGGCAACAGCUCGCCGGCACUGUCGCUGAGCUCCAUCCGCACGCUCUCCACCACGUCGGAGCAGGACUUCUCCUAUCUCAGCGACUGGGGGCCACGUUUCAGACAGCUGGCUGGGUACUACGCCCCAGGAAAGCCUGAGGAGGAGGGGUCCUAGCGCCACCCUCUCAUGCCCCGCCUACUCUGCCCAGCUCACUUGCUCGGCCUGCCUCCGUUGCACCGCCCGUUGCCCAUACCCUGGAGCUGCCUUACCUCCUCCCUCGACCGAUGCCCUCCAGCAGCUCUCUCCUUAGAUUUACCCUGGAACAGAGUCAAUAUUUGGUAGCACCUGCUGCUCUUACAAGCAGCAGACAGGUCACCUUUGGGAACGUUCAGGACAACUGGUGGGGGCGGGGUGAAAACAACAGGCAAGGCCUGGAGAGCUGGCCAAGUCUCACGUAACCUGGCACCUGUCAGAGGCCAACAGGAGAUCCAGGGAUGUGCCAUGUGCACAACACAGAGCUGUCACUAUUUCCUUUCUAAAUCCAUUUCUUUCUUGUGCGCGUUUGUGCUUUUCUUAGUCCAUCGGCGGAAACAAAGACUGGUGACUCACUGCGAGAUGAAAAACAGGACACAGUACAGCAGAACUGGGGGAAGUCUUUUACCAAGCCAAGGCAAAUGAUCCCCCAAGGAAAAAAAAUGUAUUUAUUAAAAAAAAGAUGAUAUUUAUGUAUUUAUUGCUUUGUAUUUAUUUAUUUAUUUAUCCAUCCUGGUCAUUGUAAAGAUCACAAGAAUGGAUUUAAUUGUAGAAGAUUACUGACGUGCACUGGAUGAGAAUAAUAAAGACUGGGCAUUGGAUGCAUUGGAUGCAACAGACUGAUAAGCACGACUUUUACAGGCCAUUGACAUCAGAGGAUGGUACAGUGAGUGAGAGAUCUGGGACACAAUCGUAAGAAAAUAAAAAUUGCAUUUAUUUUUUAGAAACCCUUUUGUAAAAUACAGCCCAACUGAGGGAAGGAGAGGUGUGUGUGCAGGAGCCUGGGUAAAUGUG